UCUUGACUCCCAGAAACCAUGAGUUUUCCUGGAACCUGGGCUCCCCAGACGCAGCGCUGGAGCAGAUGGAUAAUGGAGACUGGGGCUAUAUGAUGACUGACCCAGUCACGUUAAAUGUAGGUGGACACUUGUACACAACGUCUCUCACCACAUUGACUCGAUACCCGGAUUCCAUGCUUGGAGCUAUGUUUGGGGGGGACUUCCCCACAGCUCGAGACCCUCAAGGCAAUUACUUCAUUGAUCGAGAUGGACCUCUUUUCAGAUAUGUCCUCAACUUCUUAAGAACUUCAGAGUUGACCUUACCCCUGGAUUUUAAGGAGUUCGAUCUGCUUCGAAAAGAAGCAGACUUUUAUCAGAUUGAGCCCUUGAUUCAGUGUCUCAAUGACCCUAAGCCUUUGUAUCCUAUGGAUACUUUUGAAGAAGUGGUGGAAUUAUCCAGCACUCGGAAGCUUUCUAAGUACUCCAACCCAGUAGCUGUCAUCAUCACCCAGCUAACCAUCACCACCAAGGUCCAUUCCCUCUUAGAAGGCAUCUCAAACUAUUUUACCAAGUGGAAUAAGCACAUGAUGGACACCAGAGACUGCCAGGUCUCCUUCACCUUUGGACCCUGUGAUUAUCACCAGGAGGUGUCUCUCCGGGUCCACCUGAUGGAAUACAUCACAAAACAAGGCUUCACGAUCCGCAACACCCGGGUGCAUCACAUGAGUGAGCGGGCCAAUGAGAACACAGUGGAGCACAACUGGACUUUCUGUAGGCUGGCCCGGAAGACAGACGAUUGAGCUCCAUCCCGGGGAGUUCCUGGACACCGACUCUCCAGGAGAUGAAAGAGACUGGCGACUGAUUUUUUUUUUUGGUGGGAUUUAAAAAAAGUGUUUUUGGUAUUUAUUUGAAGGCAUUGAGGAGCAGAAGGAAGUUUUGUGCUUUAGUGGAUUCCUCUAUGUUCAUUCCCUUCACCCUGAGUAUGCAUGUGCCUGUUCAGAGCCUCCAGAUAACUUUUUUAUAAAAAGAAGUCUGAAAAUUAUUAUGGUAUAUAAACCCUUAACAGGCUUUUUUUUUUUAUUACAGUGCUAAAAUGAUUUCUGAUUAAUGGUCCCUAACUCAACUAGAGGCUCAAAAAUAUAGGAAUGAAAGAAUAAACAAAGUGAGUACUCCUGAUGCUUUUGACAAAAAUCAAAACAUCAUGUAGGGUGACCUAGUUUCCACACCAAUAAGCAGUAUUGUAAUAUUAAAAAAAACUGUUCCAAUCAUUUAAAAGUACUUGUUAAGUACUGCUUUUUACAGUUAUGACAACUGUUUCUUUCUAUGCAUAUAAAUCAAGCAACCAAAUAUCUGUAGCCAUGGAAAUGUCUGACUAGAAAUAUUUAUAUUGGAUUCUGAAUACAAAAUGUCCCUGUGGUAGAAAUCUUCUUAUGCCUGGUGCAGUAUAAUUCCCAAGUGUACUGUCUACCAGAAAAAAAUGAAUAAAAAAUGAAAUAGAAA